AUGGCCAAUCUAGCAGGCACAAACAACACUAGUAUGACAGUGUCAUCGCAAACCAUUCAUCAGCAAUGCUUCUUUCCUUCUUUGUCCUCGCCUUUCUCUCAACUCUAG